CCAAGCCUAAACUUUCAUCCCACGAACUACCCUCAGAUUUUCUCAAUUGUUUGGCACAAAAAUAAAUUCAAAUCUUCUUACAAUCAUAUGCAAAGCUCCGAUGGCCAGCUCCUCCUCGGGCUCCCGUAUUCUUUGCGCUUCCUUCAACCAAGAUAACAGUUGCUUUGCGAUUGGCACCAAGGAUGGGUUCAGGCUUUUCGAUGCGCAGAGUGGAAGCCUACGCUACGAGAGAGCUAUUGGAGCAUUUAGCAUUGUUGAAAUGCUGUUCAGCACAAGCCUCAUUGCUAUAGUCGGGGCGGGUGAGCAGCCAUCAUUAUCUCCUCGUCGUCUUUGCCUCUUCAAUUUUAUCACUGGCAGUGCGCUUCGAGAACUUAAUUUUUUGACUACAAUCCUUGCAGUUCGUAUAAAUAGGAAAAGACUUAUUGUUGUGUUGCAGGAAAAGACAUAUAUUUAUGACAUUAACAGCCUUGCUAUCCUCGAUACAAUUGAUACCGUUCCAAACAAUAAAGGACUAUGUGCAUUUUCUCCUAAUUCAGAAGCAUGUUAUUUAGCUCUUCCAGCAAGCACGACUAAAGGAUCUGCUCUAGUAUACAAUACAUUGGAGCUUCAAUCACUUUGCCAGAUUGACGCUCAUCGUUCCCCUCUAGCUGCGGUCGUAUUCUCUUCAAAUGGCAUGUAUCUGGCAACAGCUUCUGAGCAGGGAACAAUAAUAAGAGUGCAUCUAGUAUCACAAGCAACUAAGUCAUAUAGCUUGCGAAGAGGUUCGUAUCCCUCAACCAUCUACUCAUUAUCAUUUGGACCUUCUGUGGACUUGCCAGAUAUUCUUGUUGCUACAAGCUUAUCAGGAUCAUUGCAUGCAUUUUCUCUUGGACCUAUUAUUGAGCAAAGGAACAGAAGACCAAACAAGUUGCUUGGGUCAAUGAUCCCUGAACCAAUCAAUGAUGCUUUUGAGUCAUCUUAUCACCAUGUUGUUCACAAUGUUUCCAUUGCAGGAAUCAAAAGCUAUGUAACGAUAUCAAGCACAGACAAAGUUCAAAGCUCCUCCCCAAAUUCUACUAUACGUUCAAAUGUUUACAUCAUCACAGGCGAUGGACAUUUCUAUAACUAUACCUUAAACAUCACCAGUUCAAAUGAAUUAUCAUGUAACCUACAAUCUGAAUUCAAUCUGAUAGAUACUGUUGUAGAAGAUCUGAGCUGAUUUGGAUUCUAUACAGAAUCUCUUCUUUCACCAAUUCAGUGUUCUAUUCUGAUGCUGGCUUAUUCAGUUCAACUAUAAGAUGAACUGCAGAAAUAUUCUGUACAUAUUUCCCCAGCAAACUCUGAUCAGCUCCAGUCAUUUUCAUCUUUAUACAUGGUGAAUGUUGUAUAACUGUAUAAUGUAUGAAAAUGUAUUAUGGUUGAAGCAGUUGUUUAUUGAUAUGCUUGUAAAUGACAUGAAAUGAUGUGUUCACUGACAUGAAUGAUUAUUUAUGAUGCCCAAACUUUUAUGCAUGAUGAUGUGCUACUAGGAUGUACAUGACAUGUUACACUAACAUGAAUUGCAACCAUGCAUAUUAUUAUUUUUAUUGAAUUUUAUGAUAAAUUUUGUAUGACCAAA